GACGACGACGGCGACGACGACGACGGCGGCGGCGGCGCUAAAGAGGAAAACGCGUGUGUGUGUGCAGCUGACGCGGAAAACCGGUGUACCGUGCGAUAUCAUCUUCCCCGAAGAUAUCCGGUUCUUAUCGUCGUUUCUCUUUGUCCGCAAGACACCUGUCACCGGUCGCGCGGUGCAUUCUACAGGUACGAAGUCAUCAUGUUGUACUACAUCUUGCUCCUUUCGAUCGCUGUCGCUGCACAGACAAAUGCCUACUUGCCUUCGAAGGAGGAGCAUACAUGGAGCGAUACUCUGCGAGAAUUGAUCUAUCGAAUGGGAAACGAACUCGACAACACGGUGUACUCGUAUUCGGAUUAUCCGGACAAUAAGGUUAAAGAAUUUCCCGUGGAAUUGCCGGCCGAUUACGACGGCCUGGACACGCUGAAUCCAAACCCUAGUAUACGGGACCAGGAGUAUUUACAACAUAGCACGUUAUGGAGCCAUCGUUUUAAUAACAAUAAUAAUAACGACAAGAGUAAUGACAGACACAAAAUUCAAUCCAAUCUGAAAGGCAUCAAGGACGAAAAGACGGAAAAUCCUUUGCCAGCCUACUGCACCCCUCCGAAUCCCUGUCCAGUCGGAUAUACAAGUGAGAACAAUUGCCUCACCAAUUUCGAAAACACAGCAGCGUUUAGUCGCGAUUAUCAAAGCGCGCAGGACUGCAUGUGUGAUACAGAACACAUGUUAGAAUGCUCCAACGAUUCCGGUAACAGCAACAGUUUAUCAAACAUACAUAUUUCGAAUCCCGAUUUCGAUCAAAUCGUCGAAGAAUUUCAGGAAGAAAACCCGUUUUUCCAAGGAGAAAAAUUGCCAAUAGCUGCGAAGAAAGGCAUACAUGUGAUUGAUUAAAGACUGCGAAAGCGAACGCUCGAGGAAAACGUAUCAGAAUGUAACGCGUACUUCUUUGAUUAAAAUUUCAAAUACACACCGACCGAAAAUGGGUCUUUUAUCAACAAGCAGACUCGUAUAAUUACACUAAAUAAUAAACAAAGCACAUAAAUCCACGCAGCGUUAAAUAUUGAGAAUCGUACGUUUUCCAAGUCUGAUGGUGCACGAAUAUAAAGUUUCUUAAAUGGACCAUGGCUGUUUAUCAGCAGGUAUUAAAGUAUACAGAUUCUCUUCUCAUAGAACCAUUGUAAUAGAAAUUUUGUCAAAUAUCUAUAACUAUAUAUGUGUAUAUUUUAAAACUGUGACACGUCUGCGGUUAUAAUUAUUCAAUUUAAUUGAAAUGAUGCAGCAAUUUUCGUACAUGUUAAUAUUCUUUCAAUCUACAAAAAUGUACAGAAUGUUUCAUAAAGAUUAAAACAAAUUGUGAAAUAUUCUGCGCUAUUCACAUUAAAUAUUCUUUAUAUUGAGCAGUCUAUUAAACAUAUCCAGAUAUAUAAUCAAAUUUUUCACAAAGAUGCAACAAAAAGUCUAUUGUAGAUGUCGAGACAGCAACACAUUAAAAUAGUUCUAAUGUAGCCAAAUACUGUAUAAACUGUGUACACACAUAUAUUAUUGUUUAUCAAUUGUAUUUUAUUUUGAUAUAGUAUAUCGAUAUGGAUAUUUAUUUAUAUUGUGUAAAGUCUCCGAAAUAUAUAUUUUAACAAUAAAUAAAUGUUUACGUGUUUUUAUUCGAUAUACUUACGAUACUUACUUUCAACAUGCUUGCAAUUAAAAUUAACAUACUAAUUAUUAUUAUACAUAUCUCAUAAAUCGUUUCGUUUCUUA